AUGGCGAACUGCGAGGACGGCGAUGACUUACAGGCUUUGGUUGAAUGUAUGCAUUUUGCUGCGAUAAAGCAUACAGACCAAAGACGAAAAGACCCCAUGAAGACGCCAUAUAUAAACCACCCCAUAGGUGUUGCUAGAAUUUUAUCAAAAGAAGCUGGUAUCAAGAAUUUGCAUAUAUUACAGGCGGCCUUAUUGCACGACACUGUCGAAGACACAGACACUUCUUUUGAUGAGAUUGAAAAGCAGUUUGGUGCUGAAGUCCGACAUAUUGUCGCUGAAGUCACAGAUGAUAAAUCAUUACCCAAAAUGGAACGAAAGCGAAAACAGAUCGAACAUGCACCGCACAUCAGUCGGGAAGCGAAACUUGUGAAACUCGCAGAUAAGCUGUACAAUUUACGUGAUUUGAAGCGAGUGGCUCCGGAGUCAUGGACACCAGAACGAGUUCAAGAUUAUUUUCACUGGGCUGCAAAAGUUGUCGCUGGAUUACGAGGAACAAAUAAAACGAUGGAAGAUUCCCUUGAUAAGAUAUUCAAGGAAAAGGGUGUGCUUGUAGAAGCAGAGAAUUAACAUUUUUUGUAAGAUUGUCCCUGAUUGGCUCAUCAACUAUUCAAGAACUGACACACCAAUCACAGAACGUGUUGUGUACUGUGUUAGUUAAAAAUUACUUAUAAAAUUGUCCCUGAUUGGCUAACUAAUCCAACUAAUUGGCCCAACCUAUUUUAUAGGGCCAAUCAGGGAAGCACUUUAGUUUUUACUGGAUUUGUAAAUGUUCUUGUUCUCUACUUAAAUAAAUCAUGAGCUGUAAUUUUAACUGAAAUAAAAAGAAAUUCAGAGAAAAAAAA